AAGCUUUCCCUUUUGGGUUAGUUAGAAUGGCAUUCUAUUGUAAAUGAUAGCAAGCAGGGGGCCAAGUCUCGGUUUGGUGCUUGCGCCCUGCUGAGCUUGUUUGCACGCCCUAUUCCAUAAUUGGAAGGGCGGAAGGAUUGGAAAAGAAACCUACUUACGUCCCGCGCUCGUCUCGCUAGCUUUUUCACUUGAGCACCACUUUCUGGUACCAAGCAUCCACUGCGCUUAUAGACAGAAGUCAUGGAGCGCUUGAGCAAGGCGCUCGCAGCAGUUGGUAAAGUAGGCGAAGCUAUUAGCCGAACCGCGCAGUCAGCACAAGAGCUUUUGCUGGACCAGGACUUACGGAGCAAAGGUAUACAAACCGUCUUUUCCGGCGCUCAAACCAGACUCCAGGGCAUACAAAACGGUAUCGUACAGCGAGCAGGCCGGCUGGUGCUGGACAAACAGCGACAGCUGCAGUCCCUGCUGCUGACCCUGGAGGAGCGCCUCAGCUCCUCCCAGCGCGCCCAGCAGCUCCUGGCCAGCCGCAGGGCCCGAGUGGAUGUGCAGUUCGGCCGGCAGCUCUUCGCGGAUGCACCGCAGGAGGUGCGGGCUCGGCUGUGGUACGUUCUGCUGGAGAACCCGCACUUGGCGGCACCGUUGAAGUGUGAGCAGCCCGGGCCCAUUCCCAACCGCCUCUCCGACGACGACGAGGACGUGUUGGGUCACCUCGCCUCUGCCUUCAACGGCUGCAGCCUGGAGGCGCUCACGCUGGCGGCGGCAGCCGACUCGGACGACGGCGCCGUGAGCGACGGGCGCGCACGGGCCCGUGGGUCGGUGGUGGGCCUGGAAGCGGGCGGAGGCGGAGGGGGAGGAGGGAAGUUUGCGGCGGUGGCUGCGGCGGCGUUUGGGCUGGGCGGAGGGCGGACGAGCACGGGAGGGAGCUUCAGCAGCAGCCCCAGCGCCCUCUCCCUGGGCAGCCACUCCCGUCGCGAACGCGUCACCAGCACCGCCACCACCACCACCACGGCUGACGGGCCCUCCGGCUGCCUCACCACACCCCAGCAACCUUCCGGCCCCCCGCGUUCCCCCUCCCUGGCGGCCAUGGCCUCACAGCAGCAGCAGCAGCAGGCGGGGGGCUUGGCCACACCGCUGCUGGGCGGCAGGGGCGGCGAACCCCGCGCCUCCUCCUGUACUCCCACCGCCGGGGCCGCAGGAGCCGGCACCUCCGGGGCCUACGAGGACCCCUCCGACCCGGAUGGUUGGGAGCUGGUGGUCGGCAUGGGCAUGGGCAGGGAGCAGGACGGUGGGGCUGGGGGCAGCUGCGGAGGAGGAGGAGGUGGUGUAGCUGGGUCGGCCUCCUGCUCCUCCGGUGCUGGAGGGGCGGGUGCCGCCGCUCAGCCUGAGGCCUUCCGGCUCAUCAUGGAGCGGCUGGAGGCGCUGGGUCCCCUCCCGCUGGACGAGAGCGGCAGUGACCCGGUGCUGGUGGCGCAGCAGGCGGUGCUGGAGGCAAUGCUGCAGGUCCCCUGGAUGGCGGGUGUGGGGCUGCCGGCGGAUGUGGCGCCCGACAGCCGCUUCGCCAUGCUCAACGAGAUGACGGCAGGUCAGGAGGAGGUAGACGAGUCCAUCCUCCGCGACAUCCACCGCACCUUCCCCGAGCACCCCUACUUCGGGGGGGAGGCGGGGCAGCGGGCGCUGUUCAGGGUGCUCAAGGCCUACUCGCUGCAUGACCUGGAGGUGGCCUACUGCCAGGGUAUGGCCUUCAUGGCUGGCGUGCUGCUGAUGUACGUGCCGGAGGAGAUGGCGUUCCGGCUGUUCUGUCGCCUCAUGGACGCGGAGGGUCCCAACCUGCGCAGGCUGUACCUUCCAGGACUGGAGCCGCUCAAGGCCGAGCUGGCCACCUUCGAGGUGCUCCUCUCCUGGCGGCUGCCCGAGCUGGCCGCCCACCUCUCCGAGUUCGGGCUGCCUCCCGUGCUGUACGUCAGCCAGUGGCUCAUGACGCUCUUCGCCACGCCCUUCCCGCCGCCCUUCUGCGCGCGGGUGAUUGACGUGCUGCUGCAGGACGGCCACGACCGGCUGCUGCUGCGCUGCUCCUACGCCGUUAUGGAGGCGCUGGAGCCGCAGCUGCUGAGUAGGAGGGACUUCGAGGCGCUCAUUACCUACCUCAAGAUGGAGCCCGUCAGCUGGGGUCUGCACCGCCAGCGAGCCAUCAUGGAACGCGCGCUGCUGAGCCCCAUCACGGAUGAGGAGAUCGAGGUGGCGCGGGAGACCGCAGCAAACAGACAGUUCCUAGCGGCGGGGGAGGCGGCGGGGGAGGCGGGGAAUACGGCCUAUACCAGCGGCAGCGGCGGAGGCGGGAUGGCGGCGGCGGCUCCGCCGCCUUCGGUGCCGGCGGAGGCGGCGGCGCCAGCGACGGCGGCGGUGCACCGAGGGCUCACGUUUGAGCAUGAGGUGGAAGCGGCGCUUGUGGCGGCGGCGGCGGUGGCGGCUACUGCUGACGACGACGAGGGCGCCGGCGGUGUGGGUGUGGGUGCUAGGGAAAGGGCAGCGGCUACUGGGGGGAAGGGGAAGGGGUGUCAUUCGACAGGCGACGAUAUGAUAUCCUUUGAGGAGGAGGAGGGAGGACAGCUGCAACACAGCCGUCAACAAUGCCCAAGCAGCACUAAUGGUAGUAACUAUAACAACAACAACAUCAGGCAGCAACACAGCGUGAAGAACGACAGGAGUUCCUCCUCGUCUUUACUCGACGAGCCGCACGACGCGCCACACCGAGCGGGAGGCAGCAGCACCAGCGGCGGCGGCGGCGGCGGUGGAGG